AUGACUUCCCGUGUCACAGUUCAACAGGUUAUGGGCCGCACUUCGGCUUAUAUUAAUCUUACUUCCUCUGAAAAACUCACUCCUCUCAACUAUCAUGUCUGGGCUACUAAGAUCCUUUUGGGUCUUCGUGCAAUGAAUAAUGGUGUCCAUCUUUAUGUCGAAGCUGGUACUGUCAAUCCAGCUGCUAAUGAAUCCCUCGAAGACCUCACCGCCUCGCUUGACACCGUCGUCCAUGAUGUUAUCCUCAAUAAUAUUUCUCCUGAGUUGAUCGAACAUGUUAAUGAUGUGGCCAUUAGAGGCCGUGACCUCUGGCUUUAUCUUCAUCAGGAGUAUAGUCAACUUCAACCCGCCGAUGUCAUCUCACUUAUGAAAUCCCUCUAUGCUGGCAAUAUUGAUGUUGGUCCAAAGUUUGUUUCUUCUGUUCGUUCUUAUGUUGCUACCUGGCGUUCCAUCUACCAAUCAUUGUCGCCUGAUUCGGUUGUGGCCUUCAACGCUUUGGCCUCAAUGGGUCCCAAUUGUGAGCGCUUCAUCCAGUACGCCUUGGAGCACCGCUUUGAUAGUAACAAUGCUGACAACCUUGAUAUCAACAACUUCAUCCGGAACACUGAUAAAUGGGCCAAGUUGUUGAAGAUUACUGGACCCCCUGCUACUCUUUCGACUGAAGCGUUCGUUGCUUCAUCAAAGAAGUACAAUAACAAAUCUAAGGGUGAUGGUAUCAAAUGUUUUCGUUGUAAGAGGCGUGGUCAUACUUCCAACAAUUGUCAUGUCUCUUGGGAAGAGGUUCAGGCUGCUCGCCAAGAUAAUAAGGAUGACAAGGAAUCUAAGGAGGCUAAAACCUCAAGAGGUUGGUUUGCUGAGACUAUUGAUGAAUUUUCUGAGAUAGUUGAUGAUGAUCCAUUUGUGAGUUCCGCUUUUGUGUCCGAGACAUCUGUUGUUUCUGAAAAGUUUGGUAACAGUUGCUCCGAGUCGUUUGAUGAUUUGGAAUCCGAACUUUUUGAUUCUUCUGAGCCGUGUGUCGGCGAUGAAGAUUGUUUUGUUGGUCAAGUUUCUGAGUAUUGUUCAAACUCAGGACUUGAUAUUGAUUCAGUUGGUAAACCGUUUGUUGGUUCCACUGAUGAUUCUUGUUUUAUUUCUGAACCGUAUGUCGGUUCUACUAUUGUUUGUUUGGAGUCUGAACCGUGUGUCAGUUCAGCUCCUAUUUGUUUUGAUUCUGAAUCGUUGGUCGAUUCGGAUAUUGUUCCUUUUGAUUCUGAACCGUUGGUCGGUUCUUCUUUUAUUUCUUGUUCUGAUUCUAAACCGUUGGUCGGUUCUGAUGAUGAUAUUGUCUUACCUUCUUUUGAUUUUUUGGUGGAUUCAAUUACUGAACCUUCUCCACCUAAUGUUAAACCUAUUGUUACACCAAAAUCCCGUUUUUCUCCAUUCUUUUACUUAUCUUUUGUUACCAUCAUGUUGUUUUCCUUGAUUUUAAUUGUCGUCUGGCAUCCUUCUUCAAUCUUGGAUUUAAGUCAUUCAGUACAUCACGUUUUUGUUGCUGAAUCUACUACUUCUGCUGAGGCCAACUUAGUUGUUGGGUCUGAUUCUUUUGACUUUAUCCAUGAUACUGGUGCUACCAGUCACAUUUGCAAUAACAUCUCAUAUUUUUCUUCUCUUCGUCCCACUUCGGCUACCAUUCGUGGUCUUGGUUCUGCUACUGCUGAGGGGGUUGGCGACAUUGUCGUUGAUCUUCUUGGUAAAGAUGACCAGCCUUGUGACCGCGUUGUUCUUCGAGAUGUUUUAUAUGUUCCUAAGAUUCCUCGCAAUUUAUUUGCUGCUCGUCGAGCUACUGCUGGUGGUUGUAGGUUCAUUCAAGACCUUAACCAUAUUUCUGUUGAACAGCUAAAAUAG